GCACUAUUUUGCACAAAUUGUUCCUUGUAGUUUUACUUUUGCUUGGAAUUUGUUCCACCUUGCUUUCAUGCUACCAAAUAUUUGCUUUAACCAAAAUAUGCUUCAAGUUAGAUGCAUGUCUGCAUUGGGAAAGCAUCAAAGGACUAACUUGUAAAUGAAGAGUUCAUCUGCAGUGAUACCAAGUAUGAAAUUUAUCCUCACAGAUAUGUUUAGACAGUGGACGAUGGAUUACUAUUACAAGCCCAGACUCAAACAUGGUUCUCAGCGAUCCAUGUGGGGAAUGUUUAACUUUAAGAAAGAAAUUCAUACAGGUUUGGAAGCACUUGAAGAUGCAAACCUAAUGGUGAUUAAUGGCCAACUGUCACAUGGAACAUGAAGGGAGGGUCUUAAGGCCCCUACAGAAAAAAAAUGGGUAUAAACACAAGCAUGUCCAGAGAUUAGAACCAGUGAGUAUGAACACAUGCCACCUGGUAACAUGCCUGACAUGAGCACAUGAUCGUUUAAGUCUUAAAUUUUAAAAUGACUUCAAAGCUAUUGGAAACGGUUAGUGAUCCACUGAGAGAAGAGUGCCAUGGAAAAGCUAGAAGAAAGCAAAUAUUCUUUGAGCAGAAGAAAAGGAGGCAAAAAAAAGUAAAUGCACAUUAGGAGGCAUUAUCAGAAGGCAUGACAUUGUAUCAGAAGCUGCAGGCAACUACGCUUGGUAGUGAUAAGACAAAGUGACGCAGUCAUGACGUCUCUUUUUCCAUCAGUAACGGUGCUGCCCGAUGUCUUCAUUGAAAAUGAUGACAAUUCUAGUGGCCUGCACAGAAUGGAGAAAAACAUGUUCUCGCUUGGCGGCACAGAGCAGAAGGAAGAAGGAGAGUCAGCUGUUCAAGGAGUUAACUGCUCUUCUGCCUCUGGACCCCAAUAUGGACGGUCAGAGAGACAAAGCUUCCGUCAUACGUCUCACAAUCGCCUACCUGCAGCUGAGGGGUCUUCUGAACACCCCAGACAACUGUACACAGUCCUCUCCUCCUUCACCAGGAGUAUCGGCUAAAGCUCAUGAGAGGGAGUUGCUAGAUUCUACCCUCGGAGGGUUUGUGGUUUUGUUGUCUUUGAAUGGCAAGGUCAUCUUCACCACUAAGAGCGUAACUACACACACUGGAAUUAACCAGAUGGAUUUGAUCGGGAGGAGUUUGUUUGAGUUCUUGCAUCCAUGUGAUCACAUGGAGGUCAAAGACAUCCUCACGAGACUGAUGGGAAACAAUGGACAGCAGGAAUGUGAAGUGCUCCUCAGAAUGAAAAGUGUGAUGAACCAGAAGCUGACUCCUUGGAAAAUUAUUCAGUGUAUUGGAAAGAAAAAGUCAUCAGCUACACCUGGAUCCAGUUGUCUGGUUCUUCAGUGCAGGGUUCUGCCCAUGCAGGAGGUCGCGGAACUGGAUGCAGCGCUGAAUACGAGUACGUUUAUGAGCGUACACAGCCCAGACAUGAAGUUCACCUACUGCCAGUCAAGGGUUGUGAAGUUGACCGGCUUUCAAGACACAGAGUUGCUGGGCCAAUCCAUGUAUCAGUACUAUCAUCCAUCUGACUGCCAACAAAUCCGCAAGGCACAUGUUUGCUUGCUCUCCAAGGGUCAGGUGUCGACUGGGAAAUAUCGGCUGCUGCACAGACAUGGUGGCUAUGUUUGGGCAGAGACAGACGCAUCAGUGGUGUGCAACAGUUGUACUGGUGUACCAGAGAGUGUCGUCUGCAUCAACUACAUUCUUAGUGGAGUGGAGCAGCCUGAUUUUGCAUUUUUACUGGAGCAGACAGAACAAGUUCUGAAACCACAUGAUUCACUUGGCCCAGAAUCCCAUCCUGCCCCUUUUCCAAUGUCUGCAACCCAGCAGGAUGAAAACGGCCAUAGAUCUAAAUCAAAUGAGCACAGUAGUCCUACAAUACCCCUAAAGCAAAGAGAGGGUGACAUACAGGAAGUUCAUGACUGCACAGAGAUCACACAUAACACAGAAGAGUGCUGCAAUUUCAACUGUGAUCUGUGUGAGUUAGACUUGGACAGUCUCGCUCCAUACAUUCCCAUGCACGGAGAGGAUUUUCUGCUAACUCCCAUUUUAGAUGAGAUGGUGGACAACGCCGAACUAAAUGUGUGUGGACCAUCAUUCAACAGUCCACAUCAAAAAUUGGACCCUCAAAAUUCAGAGGGAACAGUCUUUCUGCCUGUGAAGAGCCUUACAGAUACCCAACAAAGUGUCAGUCAUUAUGUUCUAACAAACAGGAUCACCAAUACUAACCUGAUAUCAGCCAAGCAGUGGAAUGACAGCUUAGAUCUUGUGAACAGAAUUUCAAAGGUUUAUAAUUAUAAUUGUAAACAGAAUAAUCAAUUCUUCUCUGCUGAAAGCAAGACAUAUCAUCAGAAGGAAGAUGUGCGGAAAUUUACACAACAACCCAGCAGAACACAAUGGAAAAUCGAUGGAUCAAUACCGAGGUCAUGUCGUGGAGGCCUGAAUCCACUUGGAUCAAAGUUUAGAUCGCUUCCGGAGAAUCCCAAGCGCCAUUCUCAGAACAGAAAACACCAUACUGAUGUAAAAAUGGACCCAACGCAUAUGACUCUACCUAUUUUGAGUGGGUGGGAGUGUGAGGUCAAUGCUCCUCUUGACCCCACAUCAUAUUUGCUUCAAGGGACAGAAAUUACAGCUGUUCUGGACCAAGUGGCCUCAAGAGUAUCUUGGUGCUGAUCCAAAACAAAAUACAAGACUUACGAUAACAACGCUUGGCAGUAAUCAAUCAACACCAACAAGCAUUGCCUUAGUGUCCAUCACUGUCUGAUGGGAGUAAAGUUUUUAUUCAUCUUGGGCUUUGUGCUAUAAACGACUCCUUUCGGAAGUUACAGUGUAAAUAGUACAGUAGUGGCCAAAUGAUGACCUGCCUAAGAAAAUCUUCCACCGUUUAUUGAAAUAUUAUUAAAAAAUGUUACAGAUUGUGUAAGUAUAUUGUGUAGUUGUGCUUGAAAUCAAUUAUUUUAUUUGUGAUUGUGCAUUGAAACUUCAAUUGAAAUUGAAUAAUUUUUUGAAAUGCAAGUUAUACACAAAGAAAUAUAUUUGCGUGUGUGUGUGAAGUGUCAUCUGAAUGGUGUACAUUGACAAGACUGUACUAAUUUCUUUUUCAUAAAAUCUGUUUUAAUUACA